AUGACCAAAGUGACCCUCGCAUCGCUCAUCGAGGUUGGUCUUUCUCCUCGAUCACUCUUCAACCUGGCACUCGGAGUCAAUGUGGGGUCGGCCGUCUGGGUGACCACGAUUGGCGGCCUGAUCAUGUACAAGAACAUGCCUCGACCAUCGUUCGGGAAAAUCCAAGAAAAGUUAUUACCAGCAUAUUUCAAGAUGACCACCGGUCUAUCAGCCCUCAUGCUCGGAAUCCACCUGAAACUAGGAUCCUCGCUUCACCGGAGUUGCCACGGAUGCUCGGACUCGACCUACGUCUUACGGUACCUGCUAGCAUCGAUGACGAUCAGCUCGUUAGUCAACCUGUGCUAUGUGGGUCCGAAGACGACUGAGAUCAUGAAUGCCCGACACGAGCUCGAAGCCGUCGAGAAGAAAUCCUACGACGAUCAAGAUGCUAGUGAUCAGAUGAAACUGCUCAAUAAACAGUUCUCGAAAAUCCAUGGACUCUCUAGCGGUCUCAAUCUCAUCGGAUUCCUCGUCCCUAGUAUCUUCCUAGGUCUUUGGACUGGCGAAUACGGUCUGUUCUAAUCCAAUCCAAUCCACCUCGAGAACUCGGUUUGGUCAUCAUGAGCUCAAACGUG